CCUGUCUGCUUGCUCGCCCCUUGUGGCGUGUACGACUACUGUUGUGCAGCAUCGCAUAAUGGGCCCCGUGAGAUGCUGGCUAAUCUUUUUCCGGUGUCCCUUGCAGACGUCGCGCGCUGCAGAUGAUAUCGGGGUCCCGGAUGCGCUUCCGUCACCCACGGCGCGCAUGCGCAUGUGGAUUGUAUUCGUGUGGAAUCCGCCACCGCCAGUCUUCAUUCUUCACCGUAUGAGACGGACGGGACGGACGAGACGCAGAUCUCGAUCUCUACAAGCAACGGCGCUCUGUUUGUCAUUUAUCAAAACCGCGGGCUCAGAAGUGGCAUCCAUGUGUGCGUAUUGCUAUGCUCGUGCAAAGGAAAAGAUACAAAAAAACAUCAGGUGAUUCCGGGUUCGCCCCGUUGUGUUGGAUUCUAAUCGACAUGCCCUCCAGCCAGCUCUCUCUCUCUCUCUCUCUCUCUCUCUCUCUCUCU